CAUAUCUAUCCCUUUUUUUUUCUAAAUAAUUAAAUAUAUAUAUAUGUGUUUGAUGAUGGCUAAAAAUUAAAAAGAGUAAACUUUAUAUUAUAGAAAAAAGUAAUGACGGUUGGAUUUAUUUGGGGGCAAUGGAUUCUAAAAUGGUACAAGUCACAGAAACAACAUAGUUUAUUUUUUCAACUUAACUGAACCUACGAAAAUGAAUCUUCAUGAGUUUCCAAAUGAAAUAUUGAUCCAUAUUUUUAAAUAUCUGACCACGCAGAGCAAAGUGAACAUUGCCUUGACAUGCAAAAAGUUAAAAAAUGUCAUUUAUGUUAAGGUGUUGUGGCAAAAUGUCAUAGCUAAGCUAAAUCUGCAACAUAAAUCAAUUAAAAUAAAAGGUGGCAAUAAGAAAUUCAAGUCAGAUCAAGAUGAAGCUUGGCCAGACUAUUUGUUUAAAUCUUUAAAUGAGCGUGGCAUCAAUCAAGUUGCACUUGUAUCUGUGAAUCAGUCACGUCUGAAAGUUGAUAUGGAUCUCAUGUCAAAAUAUAUGCCUACUCUUAAUGUUUUAAUAUUUAAAAACAUGAACCUUCAAAGCAAUUCACAGUUAAUUCAAAGCAUGCAACAGCUGAGUUUUUUAAAUAUGGUGUCAUUAGAUUUGUCUUUUAAUUCAUUUGUAAAUGCUGCAGUCAUUCAGUCCAUUGUGAGUUCAAUGCCUCACUUAAAAUAUCUGUACCUAAUUGGAAACAUGGCAGUGAAUGAUGAUUGUCUGGUUUUAUUACUCAGUCUAAAGCAAUUGCAAAUAUUAAACCUCUGUGCUACUAAAAUCAGUGACUAUGGGUUAGCUAUAAUUUCUGGAUAUGUACUUCAUUCCGACAAGUUUAUCUAUGAUAAAUCAGCUCCUUUAUUGUCAAAGCUUCAAACAUUAAACAUUGACCUGUGUUUUAAAGUUACUUGUAAUUCAUGGCCAUUUCUUCAAAGUUUGCCCUCUCUGAAAACACUAAUAACAAGUUCAGAUAAUCUAGUCUCUAGCUCAGCUAUUGAGAGUCUGGUGCACAUGAAGACUUUGAGAUGUUUAUACAUUAGAGGCUGCGUGGGUAACGAAGUGCUUCAGGUGCUGUCUGAGGGAGAUAAUAAGCUUCAAAUGUUACAUUUAAUAGAUUGUAAGGUCAAUGAUAUUGGAGUUCAGUAUUUUAGCACUGGCUUCAGAAAUCUGAGUUUUCUUAGCCUUAACUCUUACAAAAUUACAGAUUCUUGUGUUGCCACCAUAUGUCAACAUCUACCACAGCUAGUUCUAUUGGAUUUAGCUGCAUGCUGUGGCAUUACUAACUGUUCUCUCAAGUAUAUUGGAAAAUGUUUAGAACAUUUAAUGUUUCUGUGUAUAGAUUCUUGCCCUAAGCUUACAAGCAAUGGACUACAAUACAUUCCACUAAACUUUCAAAUUAGUUGUGACAUGGUUAAUAUGUUAAUGACACCCCAUCCAAAAUAUAUCAGUGAUAGUAAUUCUACUGGCAAAAUAUGGUUGACCAAGUUUUCACAUUCCUGUGAUUUUUUCUUCAAGAUUUUAGAUGGUGUAUUACAUAAAAAUAAUAUUUAAUCACAAAUGCAGCCAGCAAGUUCUGUGUAUGGUUAUAUAAUGAAUAUGUUUUAAUAUUGUAAAUAUUUGUCUUUAUACUAUUCUUAUGUAUUGUUUUUUUAUGUUGAUUUAAAUGUUUUCAUACACAUAUUUAUAGAAAAUAAGAAAUAAUAGCUUUUUUAAAUUAUGGUCCUUAUAUCUUAUCUUAUAAAAUACAGACAUUACUUCAAAAAAGAAGAUGAUUAUGCUCUACGUGUUAUGCAUCUAGGCAUGCAUGUUAACCAAUGACUUAAAUGCUGCCAAGUCAUUGGUUUUCCUGGCUGGCUCAGGCAACCCAUUCCAUGCUCUAAUAGCACUAGGGAAGAAGGAGUAUUUGUACAAAUUUGUCCUAGCAUAUGGGACGAGGAAUGUGCCUUUAUCUUUGUGUCUUUCAGAGUAUUUUAUUAAAUUUUGUUUUUGUAUUUGAAGAUUAUGGUUCAGUGUUUUAUGUAUCAUU